AUGGAGAUGUCCGGUUCCUGUUUCUCCAACAGCGAGCCAAUGGACUCUGACAACGACUACACUGUCGUGGAGGGCAAGCGACUGAAGAGAAAAUACCGCAAGACCACCAAAGACGGACGCUCUUCGACCCAGCGCAUCGCAGAGGCGGACGCUCGUGAUAACAGGCCCUUUGGUCAAGCAGCGAGUCGACCCCGGCAGGGAGCUGAGGCCACUCCGCCUCGGGAAAGAUGGGGCGUCGGAAACGUGCCGCGCGCCAAGUUCGGGGGCAAGCCCUCGAGCUGUGCGCUCGCCUGCUGCGACUCUCCUUUGGGAACGAGCGGCACGGCACGAACCGCGUUGCGCGCAGAAUUCGGGGGCAGGCCCCUGCGCUAUGCGCUUGUCGACUCAAAAUCCCCAUUGGGAUCGAGCGACACGGCACCCUUGAGCAAGCUCUUGGGUAAGUCGGCCGCGUGGCAGUGGGGACCUGAGCAGCAGCAGGCCUUUCGCCAACUGUCUAGUGCCAUUGCGGAGACAGCGCAGCUCAGACUCCCCGACCUGACCAGACCGUUCGUUGUCCAGACCGACGCGAGCGAUCUGGGUUUAGGAGCAGUCCUCCUACAGGAAUACGAUGGUGUGUUGCAGCCGCUGGCCUUUGCCAGCCGCUCCUUGAUUCCGGCAGAGAGGAAUUAUUCCGUGACCGAGAAGGAGUGCCUCGCUAUCGUGUUUGCACUACCUUUUAUCAUGGACAAGACAGUGUUUCUCAUCACAGCUCUUGUUGCUAUCUCCGCGGCCACAGUCGUGCUCUGGCUGCUGAAGCGUCGUCACAGGCACAAGUUUUUCAAAGAUCUCGGAAUCCCAGGGCCGAAACCGGACUUCUUGUGGGGAAACUUGAAGCAAAUGGACCACAGACGCAUUGAGGCUCUCGUGCAGUGGAAAAAGGAACAUGGAAAUCUGUUCGGCGUCUACGUCGGGAGCGAACCUUUCUUGGUCAUCACAGACCCACAGAUGGCACACGAGUGCCUUGUCAAGCAAGCUGCUAUAUUCCAGGACAGACCGACAUCUUUCGUGGAUGCGGAGCCUUUCAAAAGCAGCCUCUUUCAGCUUGGCGGUAGCAAAUGGAAGAACGUGAGGACGGCGUUGAACUACGCUUUCAGUUCAAACAGAGUAAAGGAUCUCUCCGCAGUAGCAGACUUUAGUGCCACUAGAUUUGUGGAGAAGAUAUCUUCGAUAAGCCUGAGGAGCGGACAAGUUGAAGUGUUCGAUCGUGCAUUGGACUUUGCUUUCGACUUCACCAUGAACACGGUGAAAUCUCAGCAGGGCUGCAACGAACCAAUUCUGGAGUUCCUGAAGCAAGUCUCUAAGGACAUGGAGAACUCAGCCAUUGAAGUGGCGUUUACGGUACCCGUCAUACGGGCUGUCCUUACGCUGAUAUAUCCAUUCACGAAGCAUGCUAGAGCGUUCAAAAACAUUAUGAGCAAUGUGCAACACAUAAUCGAAUUACGCCGUUCCGGAGAACUCCCGAAAGAACCCAGCGUGCUUCAGACGCUUCUGGGCACAGAAGCCCUCGAUGUAGCUCAAAAGAAACGUAGCAGGCUCAACAAAUACUUGAACGACCAGGACAUAUCGUCCAAUGCGGCAAUAUUUCUGUUGGCUGGCACAGAGGUCACGGCUUCCGCGCUUUCUUUUCUGAUGUAUCUCUUGGCAAGACACCCAAGUGAGCAGGAAAAAGUAUUCAAGGAGAUGGAAGACAUUUUUCCCUCUGAAGAAGGAAUCAAGCUGAACUUCGGCGAGCUGCAUCGGCUAAAGAGAAUCGACAUGGUGAUCUACGAAGGACUUCGCCUCUACCCUCCCAUCCCGCUGUAUCUGAUAAGGAGCUGCUGUCUGGACACGACUGUUAGCGGACAGUGCAUUCCAGCAGGUGUCAAUGUAAUGGUUACACCGUGGCUCAUCCAUCAGGACCCUGAAAUUUGGCCGGAGCCUGAGAAGUUCCUCCCAGACAGGUUUGCCGAAGAAAACAGCGAAAGUCGCCAGAAUGGGAUCUAUAUGCCUUUCGGACUGGGGCCCAGAGUAUGCAUAGACCAGAAGUUAGGGUUCCUGGCGGUAAAAUCAGCGCUCGUUAAAGUUGUUCGAGAAUUUAGGCUAACCUUGUGCGAUGAGGCCGCUGGGCCACCAACGUUAUCGGUUCCUAGCGUAAUACUCAUACCUGGAGGAGGAGUGAAGGUCAGGCUAGAGCCCAGGACACCGAUAGCGUCGAGUGAGCGGUGCAAGACCGGCAAUCGUAUGUUCGUGGCAGCUUAG